UUCAUAUUGAUGGGUUCAGUUCAAAAGAAGAAAAAGAAAAGGAAAAGAAAUUUACAUAUAAUGGGUUGACCAUCAUGGCUUUGUGACCAAAGCAAAUUGUAGGAAUGAAAAUAAAUUUAUAUAUCAUGAUGGGUUGACCAAAAACUUGGACAUUUCCUUGCAUCAACAUGUCCCAAAGAAAAUUGUAAGCUCACAUGAAAACCAUUGGCUUCAGUUCAAAGGAUUUAAAGUCAGAACUGGCCAGCGGGUUCAGUGUUUCCUUAGUCAUACAAAAGCAGGCUUAUGAUAAUGAAACUCUAAUUUAAACUCAACUAUUUUUGUUUACCUAAGAGAGGAAACUGAUUGAUGCCAUGUUCCCAAAAAUUACAUCAAUGUUUCUGUUUAUUCUACUUCUGAGUUGUAUUUUCUCAAGGUCAUCAUCCCAACACGGGAUUUCCAAUAUCAGCCUAGGUUCAUCUCUUACUCCUGCUAACAACUCAUAUUGGUCCUCAGAUUCCGGCUAUUUCGCCUUUGGUUUUUACCAAAAAGGAGAUGGGUAUGGUAUAGGGGUUUGGAUGCCAAAUAUCCAGGAAAAGACUCUGAUAUGGACAGCAAACCGACACGAUCCGCCUCUGCCAGCAAAUGUUUCACUGAUACUAGAUGGUGAAGGCAGGCUCAUCUUGCGAAACAGUCCAGGCAAACAAACACCCAUUGCCGAUAAUCCGCAGCCUGCUUCAUCAGCAUCUAUGCUUGAUUCUGGCAACUUCGUGCUCUACAACUCGAAAUCCGAGAUUCUGUGGCAGACUUUUAAUGAUCCAACAGACACCAUUUUACCAGGACAACGCCUGUUGGCCGGACAACAGCUGGAGUCUACCGUCUCUAAUGCAAAUCACAUGAGUGGAACAUUUAUAAUCCAGAUGCGAAGAAAUGGAAACCUUGUAAUAUUCUCAGCGGAUUAUCCAUUUCAAAGUAAAUAUUUUUACUGGAAGUCAGGUACAUCAAAUGCAGGAGAUAAUUCGAGUCUGAAUCUCGAUACCAAUGGUCAGCUGUACAUACUAAACACUAACGGAAAUAAGAUAUGGCCCCGGAAUAACAGGAGAAACAUAUCUGGAAGAGCUACAUAUCGUGCUACGAUUGAAGCAGAUGGAAUAUUCAGACUGUAUUCACAUAAUUUGGAGCAAAACGGUAAUUGGUCAAUGGAACAGCAGUUCCCUGUCAACAAUUGUGAUCCCAUUGGCUUGUGCGGCACAAAUGCGUAUUGUAUUCUUGCAGACAAAGUGUCAUCAUGUGCUUGUCUUCCUGGUUUUAAUUUCACUGAUCAAAGCAAACAGAAUUUGGGAUGCCAAAAGAGUUCCAGUUCAGAUGAAUGCCAAGAAAGAAGUUUUACAAUGAAAGAAUUGGAAAAUAAAGAAUGGCAAACCGAUGAACCAUAUUCUACUCUUUCAGCUAGCACAAAACAACAGUGUGCAGAGAUGUGCUUGGGAGACUGUAGCUGUGAAGCUGCAGUUUAUAGUAACCAAAAGUGCAGAAAGCAUAAACUUCCACUGAGAUCCGGUAAAGUCGAGGAAAAUGUAUCAGGAGCAACUUUUAUCAAGACAAGCAAUGGAAGUUUGGCAACAAAGAUCGAGGCUAAUAAUCAAAAGAAAGAGGCUGUCCUGAUAACAAGUAUUGUAAUCUCAGCUUUUUCAUUUUCUGCCCUUACAAUUUGUGGUAUUGCCUUUUGUCGAUACCGCAUUUGGAACUAUAAGAAAAUUUACAACCAGGUGACUGAUGAACUGUCAGAAGAUAUCGUUCUGCGAUCAUUUACAUAUGAUGAGAUGAAAGAAGCGACAGACAAUUUCAAAACUGAAAUUGGUAGAGGAGGUUUCGGGACAGUUUUUAGAGGGGUCAUAUCAAAUGGCAACAUUGUGGCAAUCAAGAGACUACAGAAAGUGAUGGCUGAAGGUGAAAGAGAAUUUCGGAAUGAAAUGAAUGUUAUAGCGAGAACCCAUCACAAAAAUCUAGUUCGAUUGCUUGGUUACUGCCAUGAUGAAACUAACAUGCUUUUAGUAUACGAGUACAUGGGCAACGGUUCACUUACAGAUUUUCUUUUCGAGUCUGAGCAAAAGCCAGCUUGGGAGGCAAGAGUUGAGAUAGCCCUAAACAUAGCUCGAGGCAUAGUCUAUUUGCAUGAAGAGUGCCAGACUCAGAUCAUCCAUUGCGACAUCAAACCUGAAAACAUACUAAUGGAUGAGAAAGAAUGGGCAAAAAUUGCAGAUUUUGGUUUGUCAAAGCUGCUAAUGUCCAACCAAUCAAAAACAUACACGGGAAUUAGAGGAACAAGAGGAUAUGUUGCACCUGAGUGGCAUAGUAACUUGCCAAUUACGGUGAAAGUAGACAUUUACAGCUUCGGAAUCAUGCUAUUGGAGAUCAUAUGUUGUCGAAGAAAUGUGGAGAUGGAUGGUCCAGAUGAUGAAGUAGUUCUUGCAAACUGGGUCUAUGAUUGCUUUGAGGCUAAAGAGCUAAAUAAGCUAAUCCGGAAUGAAGAGAUUGAGGAGAUAAAACUUGAGAGAAUGGUUAGGAUAGCCCUUUGGUGCAUCCAGGAUGAACCAUCAAUGCGGCCAUCAAUGAAGAAGGUGGUACUAAUGUUGGAAGGGAUUAUAGACGUCCCGGAACCUCCUGCAAUUCCAAGCAGUUCCUGUUCUGUCUAGCUCUAAUGAACUUGCACGUAACUAGGAAAGACCUAAGCGUCCAAAGGACCUUAACCCCUUAUUUGGUUUCCAUUCUACUGUGUUUGCUUCCAAAGAAUUCUACUAAAUUUUGCGGAAUUCAUUUGUAAAUGAAUUUAGUUGUUAUCUAGUUUACUCAUAAAUUUAUUUUAGUAACUCUAAUUUAUAAGUUUUAUAGAAAUUGACCAUGUUUAUGUCA